GAAGAAAGUGACUUUUCUUAGUUCUAUUAAUACUCUCUCUCUCUGCAGAUCUGUUACUUCAUUAUCUCUUCCUUUUUUUCAUUAGAUUCCAUUAACCUUCAAAAGUUUUUCUAAUACAUUCUCUCUGCUCACAACUUUUUUUUCUUUCAAUACUUGUAAAGAAAAAAUAGAGCUUUCUUCUUCUUCUCUUUUACUGUUAGCUUUGCACAGCAUUGCAGCUGUGAAUAACUAAAUGGGGAGACAUUCUUGCUGUUACAAACAAAAGCUGAGGAAAGGGCUUUGGUCUCCUGAAGAAGACGAGAAGCUUCUUACUCACAUCACCAAUCACGGCCAUGGCUGCUGGAGCUCUGUCCCUAAACUCGCUGGUUUGCAGAGAUGUGGGAAGAGUUGUCGACUAAGAUGGAUCAAUUACUUGAGACCUGAUUUAAAGAGAGGAGCUUUUUCUCCUGAAGAAGAGAAUCUCAUCGUCGAACUUCAUGCCGUCCUUGGAAACAGAUGGUCACAGAUUGCGUCAAGGCUUCCGGGUAGAACCGACAACGAGAUCAAGAAUCUAUGGAACUCAAGCAUCAAGAAGAAACUGAAACAAAGAGGCAUUGACCCAAACACACACAAGCCCAUCUCUGAAGUUGAGAGUUUUAGCGACAAAGACAAACCAACAACAAGCAACAACAAAAGAAGCGGUAACGAUCACAAGUCUCCUAGUUCCUCUUCUGCGACUAACCAAGACUUCUUCCUCGAAAGGCCAUCUGAUUUAUCCGACUACUUCGGAUUUCAGAAGCUUAACUUCAACUCCAAUCUAGGACUCUCUGUUACAACUGAUUCUUCACUCUGCUCGAUGAUUCCGCCGCAGUUUAGCCCCGGGAACAUGGUUGGUUCUGUCCUUCAGACACCAGUAUGCGUAAAGCCCUCGAUUAGUCUUCCUCCCGACAACAACAGUUCGAGUCCUAUCUCCGGAGGAGAUCAUGUGAAAUUGGCUGCACCAAACUGGGAAUUUCAGACAAACAACAAUAAUACCUCAAAUUUCUUCGACAAUGGCGGAUUCUCAUGGUCUAUCCCAAAUUCUUCUACUUCUUCUUCACAAGUCAAACCAAAUCAUAACUUCGAAGAAAUAAAAUGGUCAGAGUAUUUGAACACACCGUUCUUCAUAGGGAGUACUGUACAGAGUCAAACCUCUCAACCAAUCUACAUCAAAUCAGAAACAGAUUACUUAGCCAAUGUUUCAAACAUGACAGAUCCUUGGAGCCAAAACGAGAACUUGGGCACAACUGAAACUAGUGACGUGUUCUCCAAGGAUCUUCAGAGAAUGGCCGUCUCUUUUGGUCAGUCCCUUUAGCUUUUUUCUUUCUUUCUUUCUUAUUUCUAACAGAUGUAGAGAACAUAAAGAUAUACAAAUACAUACAAUGUCAAUACGUACAGUGGAUUUAAGUGUUCUGUAUAUUUCAUGGGCGAGCUGUCUUUAUUUUUAUGUUUAUUUUUGAAGCGUGUUUUAUACGUCAAAGAUUCUUCUUUCUUUUGCAAAACCUUUCAGUAUCAUACUAAAUACUUUUGUUUUUGUUAA